UUAGUCUUGUUAGAUCUGUAGUCAGUGUCUCAUUGUCAGAUAACUUCGGGUGCCUGGGACACCCAUAAUCAUAAUCCCUCGAAAACAAAGUCAUGUCUAGUCUUGUUACAGCUUAGUCACUGAUGAAAUUGAUUAUUUUUUUAUCAUCACCAUAACCUCUUUAAUGAUUUAGUGUUUUGAUUUAAUGCAUUUAAAAUGACACAGGCUUAUGAUAGCUAUUAUAAUGAUUUUCAAAAAAAUGCAGAGUUACAGCAAAAUCUGAAAUAUAAAAAGAAAUAUCGAAGACUAAAAAGGAUAAUAAAGGAUACAGUAUUUGAAAAUGCUGCACUGUGUGAUCAAGUAGCACAAAUGCAAGAAAAUUUGAUGCUAGUAAAGGAAGAGAGGUUAUUCCUUUUGCGUAAAUUAUGUCAACAGCAAGGAGAUAUAGAUCCUUCCAGUAUGGUAGCUCGUUCUCAAUCAAAUAAUAUUAAUUCAGGUUCAUUUAAUACAGAAUGUUCUACACCUAAAAAGACUGCAAAGAAAAGAGUCUCUACUGAUGGUUCAGAAACAAAACAUAAAGCCAAGCGUUACAAUAAAACAAUAAGAAAGGUAGUUCAAUUAAUACCAUUGGAUAUACAUGGAAGACCUAUAUUUCCUAUUGCUUUGGGUGAUCUCACUGUUUAUUCUCUUGGAGAAGUAGUGUCUGAUAGAAUAGCAUAUCAUACAGAAGAUCUUAUUUAUCCAGUAGGUUAUUGUAGUACUAGAGUAUAUGCCAACUUAAGAGAUCCAAGAACAAAAAGCUUAUAUACAUGUAAAAUAUUAGAUGGUGGACAAAAACCAAGAUUUGAAAUAGUAUCUGAUAACGAUCUUGAUCAAUCACUGGUGGGAUCUACUCCUGAUGAGUGUCAUUCAAAAUUGUUAAUGACAAUUUCUCCUACACUUCGUUCAAUAACACCAAAGGGUGCUGACUUCUUUGGAAUUUCACAUCCUACUGUACAAAAUCUCAUACAAAGUACACCUGGGACACGAAAACUCGCUAUGUACAAACAGCAGCGAUUUGAAGUAAGUAAAAAUCAAUCAGUGGAAAGAGGAACAAGUCCAAUAACAGAGGAAGAAACAGACCCGGGAUUGGGGUUUGCUGCUUUACAUAGGCAUUAUGCUUUAACGAGCACGUAUCGAAUCAAAGAAGAACCAGAUGAUAAGGAUCUUUUAACUCUUCAAGAAUUUCUCGCGUAAUUUUUACACUAUUAACAAAACUAUCUUUGUUUCCUGCGAAAGAUUAUAUUGUAUAAAUUUAA